UCAACCGUACAACCUGUCCUGUCAAAAUAACAGUGCGUGCGUUACGUGUUUAUGUCGAGUUGAAAUUUUGCAAAUUUUGUCAUAAAUUUGCGUCUACAAACUGAUUAUUUUCUGAUAAAUUUAUUAGGACAAUAUGACGAAGAAAAAGCCGCUAGGAGCUGGACUGAGCCGCGACGAGCGAAUGCUGAUCGUUGUUGGUGAGAUUAUUCAGGAAUUGCUCAGGGCGCACCAUGAGGGCAAGGACGUCAAUCUGAACAGGCUGAAGACGCGGCUCGCCUCCAAUUACGGCUUGGACAGCGCUCCCCGCCUAGUAGACAUUAUUGCUGCGGUACCACAUGAGGCAAAACCCAUCUUGUUGCCAAAGUUGAAAGCCAAACCGAUUCGGACUGCGAGCGGGAUCGCAGUUGUAGCUGUGAUGUGUAAACCGCAUCGAUGUCCCCACAUCAACAUGACCGGCAACAUUUGCGUGUACUGCCCGGGAGGACCGGACAGUGAUUUUGAGUAUUCUACCCAAAGCUACACCGGUUAUGAGCCGACAUCGAUGAGAGCGAUCCGAGCUCGCUACAACCCCUUCCUUCAGACGCGACACCGGGUGGAACAGUUGAAGCAACUCGGCCACUCCGUGGACAAAGUUGAAUUCAUAGUGAUGGGAGGUACGUUCAUGUGCCUACCGGAGGACUACAGGGAUUAUUUUAUUCGGAAUUUGCACGACGCACUUUCCGGUCAUACGAGUUCCAGCGUUGAAGAAGCUGUUCGUUACUCGGAGAAAUCUCAUACAAAAUGUAUCGGAAUUACAAUUGAAACCCGACCGGAUUACUGCUUGAACAGGCAUUUGUCCGAUUUACUUGCGUACGGUUGCACCCGACUGGAGAUUGGAGUACAGUCGGUCUACGAGGAUGUGGCUCGAGAUACGAAUCGUGGUCAUACGGUAAAGGCGACUUGUGAGAGCUUUCAGAUGUCAAAAGAUGCUGGAUUCAAAGUGGUCUCGCACAUGAUGCCGGAUCUACCGAAUGUGGAUAUUGAAAGGGAUAUUGAGCAAUUUAUAGAGUUCUUUGAAAAUCCGGAUUUCCGAGCAGAUGGUUUGAAGAUAUAUCCAACACUGGUAAUUCGUGGUACGGGAUUGUAUGAAUUGUGGAAGACCGGCCGAUACAAGAGUUACCCGCCAUCGACUCUGGUGGAUUUGGUUGCAAAAAUACUAGCAUUGGUGCCACCAUGGACGCGCGUCUAUCGUGUUCAGCGUGAUAUUCCGAUGCCAUUGGUUAGUUCUGGCGUGGAGCAUGGUAAUCUGCGUGAAUUGGCACUUGCUCGAAUGAAGGAUUUGGGCACAGACUGCCGAGAUGUACGCACCCGAGAGGUUGGAAUCCAAGAGAUCCACAACAAGGUUCGACCUUACGAGAUCGAACUGAUUCGACGGGAUUACGUGGCGAAUGGUGGUUGGGAAACUUUUUUGUCGUACGAGGAUCCCAAACAGGACAUUCUGGUUGGAUUGUUAAGAUUGCGCAAAUGUUCGCCUGAUACGUUCCGACCGGAGCUGGUGGACAACUGCUCGAUUGUUAGGGAGCUUCAUGUUUACGGCUCGGUUGUCCCGGUGAAUGCGAGGGAUCCCACGAAGUUUCAGCACCAGGGAUUUGGAAUGUUGCUGAUGGAAGAAGCGGAGCGGAUUUCCCGGGAAGAACAUGGCAGUCGGAAGCUAGCCGUUAUCUCUGGUGUUGGUACACGGAAUUACUAUCGCAAAAUGGGGUACGAGCUAGAUGGUCCCUAUAUGUCUAAAAUGCUGAUAUAAGCAAGGUAAGUAAUUACAAUGCAAUUGUUUAAAAGGAGAAAUACGAUAGAAGUUUAUGCUA